AGCAGGAACUAAGUGCUCAGGCGGAAGUAGCGUCUAUCUUCUGCAGCAUCACCAACGUGCUAAAGCACCUGGGAGCCAGAGCAGUCAUGUGGCCUCUCGUGUGGACUGCGAUGCGGACCUACGCUCCCUACGUCACCUUUCCUGUCGCCCUUGUGGUCGGAGCCGUGGGCUACCACCUGGAGUGGUUCAUCAGAGGGACCCCCAAAACGUGGGUGGAAGAGAAGGGCAUCCAGGAGCUGAGGGACGAGAGGAAGCUGCAGGAGCAAGCGGGCAUGGACGGCACGCAGGUGCUUAGCCUGAAAGACAAACUGGAGUUUACGCCCAAAGCUGCUCUGAACAGGAACCGAUCAGAAAAGAGCUAACCGUCUGUCGCUGGCGUUAGAGACUCGUGUUUGUCCCUUCUCACAGCGGGAGGAUGGUUCUGGAGGUGAAGCAGAGGGAAAAAACAUCUUUUCUUCCAAGCCAACUCAGACAUUCUUCAUCACCCACGGCCACCAAGACUCUUUUGUCCAUUUCAGAGACUUUCUAGAAGCAGGAGGGUAAACAAAUGGAGUUAAAUACACCAUAUAUGUGCUGUAUGUGAUUUUCUGACCUUCCACUUAAUGUUGCAAAUACGUGUUUGUGCAUUAAUCAGUAGCUAAAGCAAGUCUCUGUAAUUAAAACACCUUAAAUACUGGAACCUUUGGGUGUUCAGGCAUUGAACUGAAUUAAGGUUUGUCUGCUGGCCUGAAGAAAACGUUAUACAUUGUUUUAUUUAAAUCCACCUGUGCCACUGACAUACAUGUUAUUGUGACUUGUAACGGAAUCACACUCGUGUAAUUCCUCUAUUUUCAUGUUCAAAAGUUGCCACACACAUGUUUCUCCUUUUAAUCUUUUCUUUAGGUUAAGGAACGACAUGUGAUUGUGAACAUACAUGUGGAGGAAGAAAGAAGGGUCUUUGUCUGCAGUUCUUUUAUCUCAUGUGUAACCUUUGAUGGUAUGUGACUAAAUAAGCCAGCGGUGUGGGAGGUCUCUCAGGAAGUUUAAGCUGCUUAGUCCUAUUGUCUGAAACAUCCAUAUAAUGCUUUCAUUUUAGAAAGUCUGGAUUUUUUUGGCACACCCAAAGAUUUAACUGUGUGUGUUCACUGGAAAAAUGCAAUGAAUAAAAUAAAUUUG